GCUAAAGAAACUUGUUUAUCCAUAAAAAAUGUAGUUGGUAGUAGAAGAGAGUAGUUUCUAGGGAGCCGUUGCCAUAGAUAGUAAGUGACGAAAUUUCAAUAAAAGCACCAACAGGAAGCAAUAAACAAUUGUAUUCUUCUCAUCUAUGAAAUUAUCGAUACGCCACAAACUUGCCGUGAUUGAUGGAGUUUAUAGAAGGGAAACGUAAAUUCAAAUAACAACAGAUACACUCACCUGUGAGUUAAAAAUAUCUGUCUUUUUGCUAUAGAAAAAUUGGUCCAUGCAACGAAAAUCUUUCACACAAAGUCUCUAUUUCAUCUCGAGUUAAAUUCAUUCUCUGCUCGAGUGAUCCAAUUCGCUAUGGAUUAUCUCAUUUUUUCAACCAUGCGUAGGAAUUAUAAUUCAUAAGAGAGUUUCAAACAGGCAGUAAAAGACCUAUUCUGUCACAGUAGGAUACCGCGUUAGUAUGAUUGUUGAUACAGCAGAUCGUUAAGGAAUUGUCGCCUAAUACGAAGUAAACAAACAAUAAAAAAUGGAGCACGUAUGCAAUGGAUGAUCAAUUAGGAUCAAUUGAAAAGGUUGGUCUAUUGAUUUACUUGUUUGUUGCUCUCGAAACACACAAUAAUAUGGUGUGAGGAUCCUGCCGCGAAAGAUAACACUAAGGAGUGUAUUGCUAUACGACGAAAGUAAACAAUCAUAAAGUAAAAAAGUGAAGAUACAAGUUUGUACGAAUGAAAAGAUAUACGGAUACACACACUCACAUACAUACACAAGAAUGAAAUAGAUCACUUGUUAGAAGAGCUAAUAGCGUCUAAUUGUUUCCAGCUAUACCUUCAAUGGUCGAACGAGUGAACGUUUCUCUACAUCUUUUCUAAUCUAUCUAGAGGACAGUACUGCUACUUGUUAGUAAAUCAAAUUCCAAACAAACUUCAAGUUUGCACCGAAUAGCUUGUUUAGAUAUUCCACUCAUUCCCAUUCAUACUCAAUACUAUUCUUCCCGUGACGAACAGGCGCCUACAGAUCCCUGAACCAAGGCGUUUGAUUUUCCAUUUAAUUUUUUGUUUUUAAUCUUAUAACAAAGAAAAGGUUUCGUAACGCAUUCCUUGUCUCAGACAGAGAUCGCUGGGAACAAGAUGAAAGAAAACGAGCGUAUCAAGCAGAUUUUUCUCCUUUUAUGACUUUUUUCCUUUCGUUUUUCUUUUCCUACUGAAUCCACUUUUCGAUCAGUUAGUACUACCACGAUUACUACCUACUACCACUACACCUUGUAACCUCUUCCAAAGGAGCACAGGAUGCUAUUCUUAUAAAGCGCUUGCUUCUUAUUUUUCCUCCUUCUUUUGCCCCUUUUUUUUAUCCUUUCCUUUUCUUUCUUUUUCUUUUUAUUUCUUUCUUUUUGAAUUCUUUUUGGACUCUCUUUUCGUGAAAUCCGCCUUAUAAGCUCAUCGGAAACAAGGCUUCUCACGACGUAUUUAAGAAGCGACCUUCUUCUGUUUGCUAUCAAAUUUCAGAAUUCAUGUCAUGGAUGAUUUUAUAACUACAUCCAGCUUCUAUUGCAUGGUUACCGUAGAUUUUCAUCAUUUACGAGGUCCUGAAAUUGAGCAUGUAUUUCCACAGUCAAUAGAACUACCGAAAGAAUGGUCCAUUCUGCCCUUUUUGUCUUUACCUGACGGCGCUCAUCUGAAAGAAAAAGAUUUUGUAUACUUCACUUUACCAUAUCCUGAUCCACAACAAUCUACAGCCUUUGGGUUGGCUUGCAGUCGUCAGCUAAGUAUCAAUUAUGUCAAAAACCUUCCUUCGGAUAUAACUCGACCUAGCAUUCAAAAAGCAGUUGUGCUCAUUUUUUCCACUCCUCAAUUUGGUCAUAUCAAAGACAAUUUGGAAAUCGUGACCGAUGCCUAUUUUUCCCAACAUGACUUUUCCGAUUUGUCCAUUCUUCAAGACUUUUACAAAAGUUUAGUCAACAAAGGUCCUCAACUGCAAGUAUCACUAGGAGUAGAUAGGAAAGAUUUUUUUCUGCGUUGGAAGCAAAAUGCUCUCGUACUGCUGAAACUCGUUCUUUUAGGAAAAAAAGUUCUUGUUUACGAUCGGGUUGCCGAACGAUUGGGAGAAUCGCAGUAUUCUCUCUUGUCUCUCAUCCCAAAUUUGCUAUCCAGUCUGCAUGAUUCUGCUGAUCCGUCCUCAAACUAUCUCGAAACAACCCUUUCCAAGCCAUCCUCUUUGAAAACAAGCGAUAAACACUCCUUAAUGGCGUACCUUGGCUUUCCACUAAUUCUUUUCGGAAAGAAAAGCAUGUUUUCCCCUUAUACACCUUUGCAACAGGUGCAUGUUUUGGAAUCGAGUUCUACAGAAAGCUGGCUUGCUGGAACCACAAACACUCUCAUUAUGUUGAAUCAAAACAAAAUGGCUGAUGUCGUAGUUCGUGCGGACACAAAAGAAAUUUGUUAUGAAGAUCCUUCGAUCAAACCUAUUGCCAAUCUCACACGAGCCGAUAAAAGAUGGAUGGACGAUAUCCUUUCCACAAUUUCUUCUCAACAGGAAAAAUCAUUACCGGAAUAUGAAGGAAGUAAUGAAUGGCUACGGGCACAAUUUGAUGCAUAUAUAUUUGGGUUUUUAUCUACUGUUAAAUAUUAUUCUUUUCUGCAGUCUAGAGAUGAAACUGAGCUGCAGAAAUAUCAUUCUCUACCUUCCACCGACUGUAUAUCUGAUUACGGUCAACCUUUUCUGCUUGAGUGGAUGAAGACGACUACCUAUGAUAUAUGGAAUGUUAUUGCUGACGACGACAUGUUUGACGUCGUAUUAGCACAACAUCCUUACAGUCUAACCCGACCACAAAAUAUUUCAACGAGAUUUUCAGGACUUUUUUCAUCCAUUCGCAAUUUACAUAUGAAUAAAACUUUAACCCAUCCACCUCCCUCUUCAUCGGCUUCCUAUAAUGACCGUUAAUUGUUACAUUACAUUUUUCUUUUGGUUUUUUUCCUUAAUUUAAAAAUGUCUACUUGUAGUUUAAAUAAAUUGAAAUGAUUCAUGACGAAUUUCGCUAAUACUGUUCAAUUAUACUUACGGCUACCACUCAAUAAUUUAUAAUUCAUCCA